AUGGACCAGCAGAAGCCUUUGUUCUUUUUCAUUUUUCUCCUACUCUAUGUUGCAAUUUUUUUGCUAAACUCGCUUCUGAUUGCCAUUAUUUAUUCUGAAAAAACAUUGCAUAAUCCAAUGUAUAUCUUUGUACUCAAUCUGUCAUGCAAUGGCAUCUUUGGCAGCACAAGUUUGAUUCCUCACCUGUUAUUUAAUCUAACUACUGAGAGGCAUAGGAUAUCUUUAACAAACUGUCUCAUACAAAUCUUCUGUUUACACACUUAUAAUAUUAUUGAGCUAAAUAUUUUGGCCUUUAUGAGCUAUGACCGUUAUGCUGCAAUUUGUUACCCACUUCACUAUCAUGCCAUGAUGUCAACAAAAAAGCUUCAGACUAUAAUGAUUUUAUUCUCUUAUGCACAGAUUUUGUAUGUUUGUUUAUUUUCUUCUAAGGAAUGUAAAGCUAAAGCCAUUCAGACAUGUACACCUCAUCUCCUUGCUGUUUUGAAUUAUUUUGUUGGAAUAUUUUUUGAAAUAAUACAAAGUCGAUUUAGUUCAAAGCAUUUUCCAUAUGUGUUCCCAAAUCUGUAA